AUGAAGAAAUUUGUAAAGGCGAUCGUGUCAAUCUUUGGGGGUGAGUACUUGAGGUCUCCAACCAGCAAUGAUAUAGCAAGGUUACUAGAAGUUGGACAAAGGCGUGGAUUUCCAAGAAUGUUGGGUAGCAUUGAUUGCAUGCACUGGAAAUGGAAGAAUUGUCCUAGUGCUUGGAAAGGUAUGUACUCUGGUCACGUAAAUGAACCAACUAUUAUUUUGGAAGCUGUUGCCUCUUAUGAUCUUUGGAUAUGGCAUGCUUUUUUUGGUUUACCUGGGUCUCAUAACGACAUCAACAUACUUGAUCGAUCUUCUAUUUUUGCUGCGUUGGCCGAAGGUCGUGGUCCUCCAUGUAACUAUACUAUCAAUGGUCACGAGUACACAAUGGGAUAUUAUCUUGUUGAUGAUAUAUAUCCUUCGUGGGCAAUAUUAGUAAAAACAAUUCCUGCUCCACAUGGGAAAAAGAAAAAACAUUUUGCUGCUUGCCAGGAGUCUGCAAGGAAAGAUGUCGAACGUGCGUUCGGAGUACUCCAAUCUAGAUUUGCAAUUGUGCGUGGACCUGCAAGGUAUUUCCAACCUGAAGUUCUAAAAGAUAGUAUGUACGCAUGCAUUAUCUUGCACAAUAUGAUUGUUGAAGAUGAACGUCAUCUAUAUCUCGGAGUUGACCAAUUCAAUUAUGAAGCCAAUGAUGAUACUCCAUCCGAGCCAAUUUCACGCGAUAAUAUACCUGAAUUCAUGGAGUUCAUUGCCCAACAUCAUCGUAUUAGAGAUAGAGGCACUCAUUCUCAACUCCAAGCCGACCUUAUCGAGCACUUAUGGAAUAUGCAUGGCCGAGCAUAA